AUGAGCGGCGCUCUUCCCGACGAGUUUGAUAUCAUUGUGUGUGGUGGUGGCAGCACAGGAUGUGUUGUGGCUGGACGGUUGGCCAACUUGGACCAUAACCUCACCGUCCUCCUUAUUGAGGGCGGUGAGAAUAAUCUCAACAACCCAUGGGUCUUCCGCCCGGGUAUCUACCCCCGGAACAUGAAGUUGGACUCCAAGACUGCCACGUUUUAUGAGUCACGACCUUCGAAACAUCUGGCCGGUCGAUCCGCCAUCGUGCCCUGCGCCAACAUUUUGGGCGGAGGUUCCUCGAUCAACUUUAUGAUGUACACCCGAGCGUCGGCUUCUGACUACGAUGACUUCCAGGCCAAGGGAUGGUCUACGAAGGAGCUGCUUCCACUUAUGAAGAAGCACGAGACAUAUCAGCGAGCCUCUCACAACCGAGAUCUGCACGGAUUCGAGGGCCCAAUCAAGGUUUCCUUCGGCAAUUACACCUACCCAAUUAAGGAAGACUUCCUCCGCGCUGCGGAAUCGCAGGGCAUCCCUACCGUCGAUGAUCUGCAGGAUCUGUCAACGGGUCACGGAGCUGAGCACUGGCUCAAGUGGAUUAACCGAGACACGGGCCGCCGCAGCGACAGUGCCCACGCGUACAUUCAUGCGACCCGUGCCGUCCACUCCAACUUAUACCUUGCCUGCAACACUAAGGUUGACAAGGUCAUCAUUGAGAACGGCCGAGCCGUCGGCGUCAAGACCAUCCCGACGAAGCCUCUUCACCCUAAUGAGCUCAAGGGACGCACCUUCAAAGCUCGCAAGCAGAUCGUCGUGUCGGGUGGCACGUUGUCCUCUCCGCUAAUCCUCCAGCGCUCGGGUGUUGGCGACCCUAAGAAGCUUCGCGCAGCUGGCGUCGAGCCCAUCGUCGACCUCCCCGGAGUCGGUCUGAACUUCCAGGACCACUACCUUACAUUCUCCGUCUACCGCGCAAAGCCUGGCGUCGAGAGUUUUGACGACUUUGUUCGUGGCGAUCCUGAGGUCCAGAAGCGUGUCUUCGAUGAAUGGAACAUCAAGGGAACUGGCCCCCUCGCCACCAACGGUAUCGACGCCGGCGUCAAGAUCCGGCCGACUGCCGAGGAGCUGAAGGAGUUCGAGAGAUGGCCUACCCCGCACUUCAAGGAUGGCUGGAAGUCGUACUUUGAGAACAAGCCUGACAAGCCAGUGAUGCACUACUCGGUCAUUGCUGGUUGGUUCGGUGACCACAUGGUCAUGCCCCCUGGCAAGUUCUUCACCAUGUUCCACUUCCUCGAGUAUCCCUUCUCUCGUGGAUCUACCCAUAUCACCUCGCCCAACCCGUACGACGCCCCCGACUUCGACGCCGGCUUCAUGAACGAUGAGCGCGACAUGGUUCCCAUGGUCUGGGGUUACAUCAAGUCUCGUGAGACUGCUCGCCGCAUGGACGCAUACGCUGGAGAGGUCGCCAACAUGCACCCCUUCUUCGCGUACGACUCCUCUGCCCGCGCCAGGGAUCUGGACCUGCCAACCACCAACCAGUACGCCCUUGCUGGUAACCUGUCCGCGGGUAUCCAGCACGGCAGUUGGACCCAGCCCCUCAAUGAGGCAGACCGGAAGAGUGAAAUCAAGAAGACCGUGUCUAGCAACCGCGUUGAACUUCGCGACGACUUGAAGUACAGCGAUGACGACAUCAAGGCUGUCGAGGAAUGGGUGAAGCGCCACGUUGAGACCACCUGGCACAGCCUCGGAACCUGUUCCAUGGCCCCCAGAGAGGGCAACAGCAUCGUCAAGCACGGUGUUCUGGACGAGCGCCUGAACGUUCACGGCGUCAAGGGCCUCAAGGUCGCCGAUCUUUCCAUCUGCCCCGACAACGUCGGCUGCAACACCUACUCGACCGCUCUGCUCAUCGGUGAGAAGGCUGCAACGCUCGUCGCCGAGGAUCUUGGCUACUCUGGCGCCGCCCUGGAGAUGAGGGUGCCCAACUACCACGCGCCCGGAGAGUUUAUCCAACCCACCGCCCGCCUCUAA